AUGGUCACUCUGUCACCCCCGUCCCAGUUCCUGGCUGGAUGUCCCAAAUUCCGCAUCCUGGUGCUGGGCAACCCUGAAUCGACCAAACAGGAACUGUUCUCGAGGAUAUUCGGCGUCGAUCUCGAAAAGAAGCUCGUCGACGAUGCAUUCAACGGAAGCCAGAGCAUCGAGCAAGAGCUCGACUUGCACGGCCAGAACGAGCGACUGGCUAUCCAUACGUCGCCCAACUUUUGGGCCGACGAUGAGCACGUGUACGACCAAGUCUGCAACUUCCUCGUCUCGCGCUCGACCCCUUCCACAAGACUCGAGGACCGUGUACACUGCAUAUGGUACUGCGUGGCGAGCGAGGUCGGACGGCCGGUAGGGCAGCUCGAGCGGCGUUUCUUCAACGAGGCGCUGGGCUCGUUGGCAUCUAAUGUCCCCGCCGUCCUCGUCUUCACCAAGUACAACGAGUUUGUAAGUCAGGUCCGGCUCGACUGGUCGCAUGGCGCGCAGUCGUACGGGCAGUCCAAGGUGGUCGUGUCCCACAUCCUCCGAGAUCUGUCGUCGGAGAAGUUUGAGAAGCAGAUAGGAAGGAAAUGGGCCGACGCGCUGGGCGAUAGCAACGGGAGGAUAAUACCUCGCGUCUGCGUCUCGGAUGAUGACGAGAGUAGCUUCCUGGCGCUUGCCGAGACGACGCUGGCAGGGCUGCGGCAGAGAUGGGUCCGGCUUGCCUUUGCUGCAGCCCAGCGGAACUCGGCUUCGAUAUCCACUCAAUUCUGCGCCGACACGGCAGCAACCGAGUACUUCUCCGUCGACACGGGCCACGCGCGCAAGCUGCACGGGGUCGACAUGGGCGACAUCCUACCCAACUUCUUCGCCAAAGCCGUGCAGCUGUUCAACAUGCGCGACACGGCGGCGACAUUGGUCGCACCGUCCCUUUUGGGCCGAGUCUUGGACGCGACAUUCGACGCGUCGCAGCAGAAGCCGCUGCUAGCCGAGUGCCUGGGGCCGCGCAGCGGGGUGGAGGUCGGCGAGCCAAGGUCUCAAAACACCCUGCUGAUGAGCCUGAGCCCGCAUGAGCGCGCGGUGCUUUUGGCGCAGGCAGUGGCCGGGAUCGUGUUGUUCCUGCGCCGGCUGGCCAGCUCGCAGUGGGCGCACAAGGACUACGCCGUGACGCUGACGGAGGGCGCGGUGGUGCGCGCGCUGGACGAGAUUUGGAGGAUGGGCCGCGACAAGACGAGCCGGUUGCUUGAGACUAUUGAGGCUAGCACCAUAUUCACGAUGUGUCCGUUGAAGAAGGCGAUCGCCGACUUGAUUGCGCGGGCGGUUGAGAAUGCGGAUGGGACUUCCAAGCCGGACCAUCACCGGGGUGCGCCUAGGACGAUCAUUGUUGAGGAUGAAUCGGACUCGCACGAGAUUUCCUUGAGCUUUGUCAAUGACAAGGGCCCUGAAGACGUUGUCCUGCCCUGUGGCCUGACGAUAUUGCCGUUGAACUGA